AUGGCAACCAAGUCGCCAUUCCGCGUGCGGUUUGCUUCCAAGAACAAAUUCCAAUCUCUAAUUCAGAACCGUUCCGUGGCAACAAGUCCAGACAGUGACACAUGCAGUUCGGACACGCCCUGGAAGCGGCGUGUCUUCCCGGAUCGGAGGCCCAAGAGCAAAUCUGGAUGCCAGGAAUGCAAGAAGCGGCGUGUCAAGUGUGAUGAGAAAUACCCUGUCUGCGGUCACUGCCAACGCCGCGGCUCCGUCUGCCUCUCGGCGGCGCCGUCGGCGGCAUGGCAGAUUGAAGUACCUUGGAUGAUGGCAAGACCCAUGUCCGAGCCGUGGAUGGGCACGGUGAACCCCGAAAAGAGGCUGCUCCAGUACUGGCUCGAGAAGACGAGCAGGAUGAUGACCCUGUGCCCCGAGAACAAUCCGCUGUCCUUUCCCCUGCUCGAGCAUGUCGUGUCCACCCCCUCGUUGUUGCACGCUGUGCAGAGCGUGAGCGCAGGCCAGGAACACUUCUUCAAGCCGGACCAAUUGACGACUUGCCUACAGCAACGGGGCCUGGCAAUCCAGGCCCUGCGUCUUGAGAUGCAGGACCUGGCACACGUCAAACCCGCCUCGCUCCUCUCCGUCAUUCUACAGGGUAUCUCGUGGUCGUGGACAGAGGACCACCCCAGCAACUACGGGAGGGAGCACCUCCAAGCCGCGCGCACACUACUGGAAUCAAUGCUGGACGACCCGGAGAAGCGGCGGGACAAGCUGGUCCAGUACAUACUCGGCUGGUACCUGUUGUGGGACAUGUCGUGUGCCUUCAUCGCCGAGCCGCACACCCUCACCCCCCUCAACACGGCACAGAUGUUUGAUGCCAUCCAGGCCGCUCGUGGCUACUUUCAUCCCAUGAUUGGCUUCUCCCUGGAGCUGAUGUAUCUAAUCGCAUGCCUCGGCCGGCAUUGCCGGGUCGUCAUGGAGACCGAGGUUGGGGAUGCCGUGCUGGAGGCCACUUUUGAGGAGCAGCUGCUUGCCUGGGACCCCGACCACGAGGAUCAGAACCUGGUCGAUAUGAGCAUCGCCUAUCGUAACCACGGGCUCAUCAUGCUCUACAACAUCUGCGGGAUCCCUGGCCGAGAUAAUGACUCGGCCCAAGACGCCUCGGGCAUGGCUGAAAAGAAUUCCCAGACCCGGAUACGAUCACUAGUCAACGAUACGCUGGAGAGGUUGUUCAGGACGCCCGUCGGCGAACCUUGCUUCAAUUUCCACUCGACGCCCUUGUUCACUGCUUCCGCGGAGCUAACGAGGGAGGAUGCAGACCUGCGCAUCGCGGCCGUUAACCAGUUCAGGGCUAUAUACUCGACUAACAGAGUGGCAGUUAACUUAUGGGCCAUUGAGGUUUUGGAGGAACUGUGGAAUCUCCAUGAUUGCGGAAUCAACAUCACAUGGCUAGAACUACUGGUCGCUAAGAAUUGGCAUCUGUCAUUUGCUUAA